AUGUCCCUCCUCCGGCCCUCGUGCGCCGCACUCGCGCGGCGCAUCUGUACCGUACAACCACUCCUCGACAACGCCUCACGAUCUCCCAUACUAAGUCUCGUCCAUUCUUACCGUCGAUCACCACGAUCACGACCGCAAUGUCGAGCCUUCAGCCACAACAACCGCUACUACGCCAACGUCAUAGCCACGCCACAGACACCGACCGACCCAGACCUCCGCAAGCGCACGGUACGGAUAGGAAUGCUACCGCGAGGAACAGUCAAGGAUUCCGUUAUACAGCGCAUCUUCAAAGGCGCAUUAUCAGCCACGGAGGGGAACAACGUGCUCCGAAUCCUUCAUCACCGGCGAACAACCGGCUCGCUUGCAGACUACGGGGUGGAUAACUUGGGGAAGCAGUACACACAUGUCAGCCGAGAAUUGGCCAUGGGUGGGCUGGAGUGGCUGAGGGAACAUUACCCAAUUGAUGAGGCGCGUGCGGCAGAGGAGUGGGCGGAAAAGGAAGCAAAUCGAAUAUCCUAUGAGUUGUGGCUGGCGGACCCCGAGACCGAAUCCAAGUACAAGGAUCCCGCUCGCGCUUUCAAAGAGCAAUUGGAGAAGGAGGAGAAGGAGAGACGGCAACAGGAAGGGCAAGAGCAGCGAAUCGGCAUCUUGCAUGUGGGCAAAUCGCAGUUUGAACGGAAUAUUGAGGAGAAAAGGCAGGCACGGUUAGAUGAGAUGGCGAGAAAGGCAGAGGAGAGGGAGAAGAAUGAGCGGGAGAUGGAGGAAAAAUUGGCAACGGGCGAAUGGGUCAAGACACCAACUGGGACACAGCUCAUGAAGCCCGGACAGACGACCUAUGUCGACAUUUUCGGAAAAGAGCAGAUCAGUCGGAGGAAGGAAGAGAUGGAAAAGUACGCCAAACUAUCCGAUGCUACAGGUGCGACAUCAGAAGAGGAAUUGCUGGCUAAGACGACUCUUGCACAACGUCUCUAUCCCAUGACCGCCUUCGUCUUCGUCACUGUCCUCCUCUGCAUCGGCGUAGCACACUACUACGCUCCCCCCGCCCCCGCCUACCGCCUCUUCCCCGACCUGUCCCUCACCACCACCACCAUUGGCGGUCUCGUCAUCGCAAACGCAGUCAUCGCAGUGGCGUGGCGCAUCAUGCCCCUCUGGCCCUUCAUGACCCGCUACUUCAUGCACGUGCCCGGCUACCCGCGCGCCAUCCAAAGCGUCCUCAACGUCUUCAGCCACGUCCAAUACGAACAUCUCCUCGCCAACAUGAUGGCCCUCGCUCUCGUCGGCCCCGCGUGCUGCGACCUCGUCGGCCGCGGCACCUUCAUGGCUACCUACAUCUCCGCAGGCGCAGUAGGUACCCUGGCCUCCUUGUACUGGGCCAACCUCGGCCGGGGCAGCAUCACAGCCCACUCCGUGGGCGCGUCGGCGGCCAUCUGGGGCAUCGUCGCCCUCUACUGCCUGCUCACGGAUCAGGAGCGACUCAAGAUUCCGUUUGUCAAGGACCAGGAGGUGGGCUUUUGGCCCAAGACGCUGUUUGCCGCGUUUGCCCUGUUUGAGUUGCGUGUUGCGCUCAAGGGCCGGACGAAGAAUAUGGAUCAUGCAAGUCAUUUUGGCGGCAUGGCUGUCGGCAUGGCGGCCGCGGGGUAUAUGAGGGCCACUGGGUUUCACGAGAAGAAGCUCCGGGCUGGGGGGUUGGAUAGUUUGCAGAGUAGGGCCGGGGUGGAGCAUAAGACGGUGGAUGUGGGUGCUAUUGCUGCGCAGGGGGCGGCCGAGGUCAAGCAGAGUUUGGUGGGGAGUAGCAAGUAG